CAAAGUGGCUUGUAGGUUGUUGUUUGGUGCUUUGUGGCUUACAAUGGCUCAGGUAGUCAUUUUUAUUUUUAUGCUUAUGACACCUGCUGUUUCAAGAAGACAUUUUUUUAGUGAGAAGCCAAGUUGUUACCAGCCAGUGGCCAGGAAACCUGGUUUUGGGGUGAAAACUGCAGCUAGUCCUUUUGAACUCCUGAACCUCAUUCAACUGCCAAAGUCCUGGGACUGGAGGAACGUAAAUGGCAUCAACUAUGCCAGUAUCACUCGUAACCAGCACAUCCCUCAAUACUGUGGCUCUUGCUGGGCUCACGGCAGCACCAGUGCAAUGGCAGACCGUAUCAACAUCAAGCGGAGAGGAGAGUGGCCAUCUGCUUAUCUGUCUGUCCAACACGUGGUAGCCUGCGCUGAGUCUGGGACCUGUCGAGGGGGGGACCAUAAAGGGGUGUGGGAGUAUGCCCACAAACAUGGCAUCCCUGACGAAACCUGCAACAACUAUCGAGCAGUUGACCAGAAAUGCAAUGGACUCGCUGCAUGUGGGACUUGCACAAUGUCAGGGUGCAGUCACGUGCAGAACUACACACUGUGGAAAGUGGGUGACUUUGGAGCCAUUAGUGGACGAGAUGAUAUGAUGGCAGAAAUCUAUGCUCGAGGACCAAUCAGCUGUGGGAUCAUGGUCACAGAGAAACUUGAUGCAUACACUGGGGGUCUGUACUCUGAGUAUGUCUGGAAUCUUGACCUCAACCACAUCGUGUCGGUGGCGGGAUGGGGAGUAGAAAAUGGAACCGAGUACUGGAUUGUACGCAACUCCUGGGGAGAGCCAUGGGGUGAGAAGGGCUGGCUAAGGAUUGUGACAAGUGCCUACAACGGAGGAAGUGGAAGCCACUACAAUCUGGGUUUGGAGGAAGACUGCAUGUAUGGAGAUGUGAUUGUGCCCUCGACUUAUUAGUAGCUAUUAAGGACCAUGCAUUUAAAUUAACUAUAAGAUUUGAGUCUAAUUAAAAUUUUAAGAUCCAUGGUGUCAUGAUUGUAA